AUGAACGUGGCAAGCCGGAUGGACGGCCUAAUACAGUUUAUACAGGCCAGGUACACAACAGUGUACAUCCAGGUGCCCAGGGGAGGAACAACGCCACCACUCGUGGAGGAGCCGCCGUCUCCUCCCCGCCCACCGGGCAGCCCGGAGUCGUAUGUACAGAGAUGUGUGGACGACACAGCCUCGUCGGGAUGGGCGACUCUGACACCAUGGACGGCGAGUGAGGAGGAAGAAAUCCCGGCCGGAGAGAUCGACGAUGGAUCCCCGUCGCGGGGGCGGGACGGCGGCAGGGAGCGUAGUCCCUCCGUCACAACCCCGCCCCGGAGACCGCGGCGAGAUGGAUUGGAAGAGGAACACUUGGACGUGUCGGGGAGGCGCGAUGGAACAGUUCGGGUCGAAGACGCGAGCCCGAGGAGGAUGGCACCACAAACCCCAUUCCUCGACGCCGAAGCUAGCGUCGACGCCGAGGAGGAGCGACAGCCGGAAUCCGUCAGGAUUACGCUACGAUAUACGCCGGGCACGGUCGAAAACCGACGUCUAUCGCGUGCGUCUCAGUCCAGUACAGAGCGCCCCCCGAACGGGUCGCCGACAAGCAGCCGAGGCGCAGGCGUCGCCGGCGACGACGACGACGGGCGACCGGUGUCCGAACGCGAAUCGGAUUCCCGCACCCCCGCCAGUCAGAAGGAAAACGACAGACGGUGCCGAAGGUCCGUCCACGCAUCGGCAGCGCCGGAGAGGAGCUACGUCCACGAGCGGCCGAGGGCGCAGCGAGCGCCGAGAUGA